ACGGUACGUACGAACGCGCCGCACACAGGAACGUUACUUGCGUAACUUACGCCGAUAUUCUUGGAUAUUACUGUUUGGACUACAAUAUCCGUAUUUUCCCAGUGAUUAUUUCUGUAUUUAACAUAGAUUAGAAGAAGACUGUGGCGGCGGUGUAGGGGUUGGGUUCAGUGUUUCUGUGACUUUAAAAAUACAACUGCUGAUCCCAGUAAUACGAGGUACAUGUAACUCAAGGUCAAGGUCAUUGACAGGUGACAGGGCAGUUCAAAGAGCUAUAGGAAUCUGUGGAGGCCAAUUUGAUGUGUAACGUUUUAAUUCCCUCUGGCAAUUGUUACAUGAAUACAGGAUGUUUUCUAUAAGCGGAGUGAAUGCCCAGCAGCUGAUCUUACCCCUUCCCCAUCUGGUAGCAGCAUUUCAUUCUUUGAAGGGUGUAGCAGAGACAGCAGCUGUAAGGAGGAAACAAACAAUCUCAGCACCUCCCCUGAAGGAUACCACCAAAGCAGAGGACACACAAUUUGCAGAGAGCCUAUCAAAUGUUACAUUAAAUUUUGCAGAUGUUGGAGUGAGUUCCUUACCCAAGGACUGGCUGAACUCAAUAUUACCCUCUAUCACCGAAGGUUGCAAUCUUUCAGACAGACUUCACACUCUAUCCUACACUUCUGCAGAAUCAUUUUUUGAGAACAAACAUGGUUUCCCUUCUUCACAUCUAGCAAUUCCAACCCUAAGGGAGUUCACAUCAUCUGCUGGUGGCUUCAGAUUUUUUCAGAGUUUCCUUGGUUCAAAUGGUUCUUCAUCACUUCCACUGUUGUUUGAUCAAAGAAGAGGGUUUAAAACAAAGAGAGCAGCUUCAGCUACAGAACUAACCACAAGGAAGUCCAAAGAAGAUGAUGUUGGGCUGUCAGGUAUACUGAGGAAAUUUACGUCAUCGAAGGACACUAAAAAGAAAAAGUUCAGGGAGAAGCUUGGUGAUGCUCUAUCUAGUCAUGAUGAUCAAGUAGCAGACAAGGACUCCUUCAAGACAGGUUACCUGGAAGGCUACAUGAUGGGUAAAGAUGAAACCAAGAAGUCAGACCGGUUCAAGGGAUGGACAACCGUUCUCAUCUUUGGUGUGCUGGCGUAUCUCUAUGUCAAAAUGGUUUCAGUGUUUGCCCGGGUGUCUAUCAUUGGUAACUCAAGUGUGGAUAGCAUGAAUGUUGCAGAUGUAACUUUUGAUGAUGUCAGAGGGGCGGAGGAAGCCAAGAAUGAACUUCAGGACAUUGUGAACUAUCUCAAAGAUCCAUCAAAGUACACAGCUCUGGGUGGGAAGCUACCUAAAGGUGUGUUGCUUCAAGGCUCACCUGGUACUGGUAAGACUCUUCUAGCUAGGGCGGUGGCAGGAGAGGCUAAUGUGCCAUUCUUCUAUGCAUCAGGAUCUGACUUUGAUAACAUGUUUGUUGGCUCAGGGGCAAAGAGGGUCAGAGAUAUCUUCACUGAAGCAAAGAACAGUAGCCCAUGUCUGAUAUUCAUUGAUGAGUUGGACUCUGUUGGUGGGAAGCGUGUAGACUCACCAUUACACCCUUACGCCAGGCAGACUAUCAAUCAGCUACUCUCAGAGAUGGAUGGCUUCAAACAGAAUGAAGGAAUAGUUGUAUUAGCAGCCACAAACUUUCCAGAGUCUCUCGAUCCUGCUCUUACUAGACCAGGGAGGUUUGACAUGAAAGUAGUUGUGCCAAGACCUGAUGUCAAAGGUCGCCAAGACAUCCUUGACCUUUAUUUAGGAAAGGUCAAAGUAUCCUCCAAAGUUGAUGUUGAAACUCUUGCCAGGGGAACAGUAGGUUUCACAGGGGCUGAUCUUCAGAAUCUAGUAAAUCAAGCUGCCUUGGAAGCUGCUAGGAGAGGGAAAGAAUCAGUUGACAUGAAAGAUCUUGAGUUCUCCAAAGAUAAAAUCAUCAUGGGUCCUGAAAGAAAGAGUGCCCGGAUUGAUCCUCGAAACCGUAAGAUCACUGCAUACCAUGAAGGAGGCCAUGCCUUAGUAGCUCUCUUAACCAAAGAUGCCAAACCUAUUAACAAAGCAACUAUCAUGCCCAGGGGACCAACACUUGGCCAUGUAUCCCUUUUACCUGAUAAUGACCAGUGGAGUGAAACUAAAUCCCAGCUACUUGCCCAGAUGGAUGUGUGCAUGGGAGGUCGAGUGGCCGAGGAGCUUAUCUUUGGGCCUGAUCACAUCACAACAGGAGCAUCCAGUGACUUUGAACAAGCUACCAGGAUUGCUAACCUCAUGGUCACCAAGUUUGGCAUGAGUGAGAAGGUAGGAGUAAUGACAUUUCAGGAUAAAGACCCCCUGGUUUAUGGAGACAGCAAUAAGCUCAGCCCAGAAACUCAACUUCUCAUUGAGAAUGAAAUCAGAACAUUGCUAAAGGAUUCCUAUGAAAGAGCCAAGGCAAUCUUAAAAUCUCAUAGCAAGGAACAUAAUCUCUUGGCUGAGGCUCUCCUACAGUAUGAGACACUGAAUGCUGCUGAGAUUACCAAGGUAGUUAAAGGUCAAAGAUUGGAGAACAGAUGAGAUUACCUGAAUCAUGAACAUGAAAGUAAUCACCGUCGAAAUCAGGGAAAAGACAAGUUGGAAAUAUCUAUUUUAGAAAGGAAUGUAAACAUGUGUAGCACAUUAAUGAGCCGGUAAAUUUUUCUUUUAAUUAAAAAUAUACUGCUUAUGUCUAUUUAAAACCUGAAUCCGUGGUUUGGUGACUAUACUCUCAAAUCCAUGUACUGUAUGUGGACUGUGCCAUGAGUAAUGUUUGCCAACCAUUUAUACAUGUAUGAAGGAUCCACAUGAAAUGAUUCGCCUCUGUCUUGUUUAUAUCAAAACAUUUAAAUUUAUUAAAUCAUGGCUAGAAGUAUAUUAAUUUAAUCUAGUAAAGAUAAAGAAAUAUGGAGAUCAGAUGUGCAAAAGGGUUGAUUAAGAUGUGCAAAAGGGUUGAUUAUUUUAUUGCAUUAUCCACACUAAUAUCCAAAAAUAUAUCACCAAUACAAUUCUCAUAAUUUUCAGGACAGAUUUGAGAAAAUUCUCUGUGAUUUUUUAAAUCCUGGAAUCCUCCAUAAUUUUAAUAUUGAGAUAAUGUCCUGUUUAGAUGACCAAAUUCGGUGAUAUGAAGUGAGCAGUAUUACCGAUGUGACAAACUUUCUGUCGAUUUAUCUGCCUGCACAUCAUCAUAUAGGUCUAUAUCACAGUCUGCCUGUUUGUGCUUGUUACACGGUUCCAUGAAAUUUGCUCCUGUGACAAUUGCUCCGAUGGAAAAUAUGUUUGUUAAGCCAAACAUAAAACCUAAUGUCCACCACUGAAUAAACCCUGAUCCUGAUUUUUACAUUAUUCUGAUUCAAGAAAUCUUAUUACGAUCCUAACUCUAACCCUAUGGCCUCUGAGAUAUUAAGACCAGAACAAAUGUCGCAGGAGCAUAUGUCGUAGGAGCAUAUGUCGUGUCACCGAUGACACAACAUUAUACUUCCUGAUAGUUGCUCCUGUCUGAAUAUGUUGGAAAAAAGCAUACUGUCAAGGUGAUGGAUCCAAUAGGCUCUUAGUUCAGAAUUAUGUCAGGAUAAGGGCUAUCUUUGAGAUGAGGAUUAAUAUCAAGCUCUCUGUGCAGGUUUUCAAUAGUAGCCAUUGUUCAUUUUAUUUAUUUCACUUUCAACAAAUGCAAAUGAAAUACAUGCAGUUGAUUAAAUCAAGUCAAUAUGAUGAAUAAGAUUGUGCAAUUGUUUCAAUCGAGAUUUAAAUAUCUAGUAUAUAUACAAGUAAUACAAGUACACAAUCAAUAACAAGAAACACGAGAUCAAUUAAAGAUCAGUUAUAUUUCUUUAAGAGGCGCACUAAUUAGAGAGCUUGUACUUUGUUGGCUCCUGAAUGGUACAUGAACUAUUUGUGUUAAUUUUAUUAUUAUUGUUGAUUAUAAAAAUGAAUGAAUAAUCUAAGAAUCACAGGUAUUUCUUUUAAAUAUUUUUCACAGUAUUGAGUUAAGAGAACAGCUGUGUUUUAACUACUAUGUAAAUUUUCUAGACAGCAUAUGACAUGAAAUGCAUCCGUUUGGCUUCUUCAUUUUUCUUUUGGCCUCUACCAAAUCGCUUGAUCCCUAUAGUAUAACCAGAAAAAAGUAUUUUUAAUGCAGGUUAUCGAAAUGUGAGAUCAAGGCCAAAUAUUUGAAUAUACAUGUAAGGGAUAUGACAGGGUUAAUCUAUAAUAUAUACUUAACACAGGUUUGAUUCAAACUCUUGUAAGUUGUGGUUUAACUGGGCUGCCAAUUGUGGCACAAUCUACAUCAGGGGCCAGUUUCAUAAAGAGUUACAACUGUUGUAACUUUGCCAUUUUGGCAACUACCAUGGUAACCUUGAUUUUGAUUGGCUGCUGAGCCCUCUUGCUAUGGUUGCUGCCAUAAUGGCAAAUUUACAGGGGUUGUAACUCUUUAUGAAACGGGCACCAGUAGUGGUUCAAUUUGUCAGCAGAUCUGGUGCUCAAUUCAUUCAUAACUGUCUGGGAAUAUUAACUUACAUGGAAUAUAGCUUCUUUCACCAUUGAAUUUUGAAAUAUUUGAA